AUGAGUGUGAGAGGCAUGAGUGUGAGAGGCAUGAGCGUGAGAGGCAGAGAGAAUGAAAGAGGCAGAGAGAACGUCAAAGAUGGAUGGACCUUCGUAAGUCCAAGAAGAAGGAGGAUGCGUAGACCGGCAAGAAAUCGCAACGACAAGACCGACAUAGACAACAAGGAAACCAUAACAUGUUAUGUCAACAAUCUCCCAGAAGACAUAAGUGAAAGAGAGAUGGAGAGAACUUUUGAACGGUGGGGUAAGGUGAUCGACGUCUACAUAGCAAGUAAAAGGAACAAGAUGGGUAAGAUCUUUGGUUUCAUUAGAUAUGGUGGCAUACAAGAUGCAACCUGGAUUGAGGAGCAACUGAAAGACAUCUGGUUUGGGUCCUACAAGGUAUGGGUUAACGUAUCCAGAUUCUCGAGACCUAACAGAAGAGAAACCUCAACUAACAAUGAUAGGUUGAAGGAAUCGAAGCUCAAAUCUAAACAACACAGAGGGAGCGAUAAGAUUACAAAACGAAUCACACUAAGCGAGGGUCAAAACGGUAGAAGAGUGGGAAUGUUAUAUGCGGAAGUUGCAAAAGGGUUCAGAGCGGGACCAGAUGAAUCUAACAAGGGAGAGUGGAGAUCUAAAGCACUUGAAGUCAAACAUGGAGAAGAGACUAAGUCAAACAUGGCCAAUGAUAUUGUUGAUAGUUUAAAAAAGACUUUGUUUGGGUUAAUAUAUGUCCCAUUAGAUGACAGACUUUGUUUUUAG